CUAUGUCGCAUCCAAGGUCUUUGACUACUUUGUAUCAAAUUGUUUCUUGUUAACGAAGUUUUAUAUAUCCAAGCUUCGUCUAUACCAAAGACCUAGUCCACAAAUAUUUCUAUGAGAAUAACGAAGUUUCGCUAAAUACCAUCCACCAGAAAAAUCCAUUCAAAGUGUCUAGAUUAGUAAUUUACUAUUUUUAGAAACUUGCUUAAACAUAUAAAUACACUAAUAGCUAGCCCCAUAAUCAAUCACCAACCAGAAAAUUUGAAAGGAAAAAAAAAGCAAAAAAAAAAUUACUAAGAAAAAAUGGCGUUUGAAAGGAAAACUGCGAUUUUGUCAAUCGCUAUAAUUUUAAUGAUCAUAGCAGUGACCGCAACAGAAGCUGAUGGCCAAUUUAAUAUCCGAAGGAGCUUAAAUGAUUUUGGUGGAGCUUGCUGCAAUGUGUUCAUUCAUACAUGUUGUUUUCCUCAUCAUUAACUUUACUACAUUUAGUAACGUACUCUCUAAUAAUUCCUUCCAAUAUUUUCCUUUUCUACCAGGAUGAUUGAUCAUCUACCUACAUAUCUUAUUAAGUGGACCAUUGAACAUAAUGUUUGAUUAGCAAUGUAUCUAAAUUACAUGUAUGUAUUUUUAUAGAGACUUUUAAUUUAAUAAACCAUAUACUGUAAUUCUUAACCUUCUUUUUCAUGAAAUAUAAAAGACAUCCGCAAGAAAAUUGAUCAAUGAAAACAGUAUUAUGUAAUAUAUAUGGAGCAUCACUUUAUUAAAAGAAAUGAAUGACUAUUUAUGGUCAAUGUUAAAGCUAGUUACAAUUUCACUUCCAUUCAUGAUUCCAAAUUUAUAAUUAUAUUUAUACAUAGUUACAAGAAAAUAUAUAGGUUUGUAUGAUUGUUAACAUAAUAUAUAUUGUUUUGUCAAUAUGACUACUAGUCGUUGUUGGUGUAUAAGUUCAAUACAUAAUUUAAAUUAAAUUAUUUAAAACAAUUAUUUAUUUAUUACAUUUUUCUUCAUUAAUAAUGAUAAACAUUCAAACAAUCAAUACAAUAACAGUCGUUAUGGCCAAGUCUCUGAUUAUUAGUAUUAUGUGCUUCAAAUGCAAGAAAAUGACUUGUUACUGAUUGCUUGAAUAUGACAUUUGCUUUUAGAGAUAAAAAUUGAAAAAUGAUUGAUGAAACAUCUAUUUUGGGGCAGCUAAGAUUCAACUAACCUCUCAUAACUUCGGUGCAAUAUGUCCUGCAUGAGACAUAAGAAUAAUUCAGAUUAGAUUUUAAAUAUACAUAUAUGACAUGAAGUUAUAAUCUAUUCUAGUAUAAAACUAAAGAUAAACAUAAAACUAAACAACUGAUUUUGAGUGACUGACACAUUUGUAAUUGCCACCAUGCUUCUUAUUGUGUAUAUACAUGAAAUUACAUCAAUGUACACUCAUUGUUCAAUCUUUUUAUUACUUUAUGACAUUAUCAUUGUGUAUUAAUUAUCAUUUUAUGAUUGUAGAGCUAUUGUGAAAAUUAUUUGUUAUCAACUGUUGGUUUUUUAUUUGUUUGCUUAUUUUUAUUCACAAUUGAGGAUUAUUGCUGAUCUUUUAAUUUAUUUUGUAUUUAUGUGUUUCUAUAUUGUGGGAAAUUUGUUGAUCGUGAUCUUUGGUUUUAAAAUUGUUGUUGAGACAUUAAACCUUUUAGAAAAAAGUCGCUUGAUUUAAUCAUUUCAUUGUUACUCAGAUCUUUUCAUCAUGAUCUUUGCUUUUAAAAUGGUGGUUGAGCUAUAUUGUGGGGUGCCGCAGUAACAAUCUCUGGCGGCGAGGAUUUUCCGGCGGGUUUUGCCGGAUUUUUGAAAACUGAGAUGCAACUCUACGAACCUGUUCGAUUCCAGUAACGAUCUCCAUUGUUUUGACACGGUUUUGAAUCUUCCUAGAGAUUUUGGUGGAAGCCUGAGGCGUAUUAGUUUUACUACAUCUGCAGAGACAUACAUCGGGUUAGUGUUUGGUUCUUGCAUCGUGUCUGUUCUUUCACAGAAAGUAAUUAACGUCGCAUCUUUUGUUUUUACCCGACAGUUUAUAUAUAUAAAGACUGAUCAAAAGUUUUUUGAUUUUUUUUUUCAGUUUCUUUUGUACUCUCUGGAUUAUUUUCCUAUUUAUAAAUAGAUUUGGUAGUGGAAACACCGUAGCCUAUUUUAUAAAGUCAAUAGACAUAAUUUCUGAAAACAAAUACAUACUAUUAUCUGAUAAACGAAUUUGCUUACCAGUCAUUCUCCAUGAUAUUAGUGAAAUUGAUUACUUGUUAUUUUUUUCUAUGAUUUUAGGAUAAGUCAUCAGUUUAAUUAAUAAUAUUUAUUUAAAAAUUCAUUUUAAUAUAUAAAUUUAUCAUAAUAUUUAAAAUAAUUAAUAAACAUUAAUAUAUUCUACCUAUAUAUAGUAUUAUUUUUAAAAAUUAGAAUUUGCUUACUUGUCAUCUUCACUAUGAUCUUAGUGAAUUUACUUAUUUGUCAUCUUCUACAUGAUUUUAGAAUAAAUCAUCAGUUUAAUCAAUAAUAUUAUCUAAAAAUAUUUUAAUAUAUAAAUUUAUCAUAAUAUUUAAGAUAAUUAAUAAACAAUAACAUAUUCUACUUAUAUAUAUACUACUAUUUUUAAAAAAAAAAUUAUCAUAUAUAAUUAUCAUGAUAUUUAGAACAUUUUUUGUCAUCAUAUUUAGAACAUUUAAUUAAAUAUAUAUAUUUUAUUUAGUAAUAUUCUAUUGAUAUUAACAAUAUCUAUAGAUAAUAUUAUAAUUAUGUUUAUCCUGUAUUUAGUUUAUGAUUUUAUUGAGUAAUAUAAGCUAUAAAUCUUAUCUCAAAAUAUUUUAAAUAGUUUUUUGGAUUUUUUUUUACAUUUUUGACAAAAUUAAAACUUUAUUUAUCUUUAAACAUAAAAACAGGAUACAAAUUAUAAAAUCGCCAAAAAUGAAGUUAAUAGACGUAAAAUAUGUAUAUUAAAGGGAUUGGGCAAUAUAAAACUUUAGUGUUUGAAUAAAAUUAUUUUAAAAGUAAAUCCUUGGAAGAUGAUUAGAGAACAUAGAUUAUUAAUGCCACAUCAUGGCCCAAGAGGAACUUUACAUUUCCCAUCAGAAUAAUGAACCUCAGAAGUAUUGGUGGUUGCCACUCUGCUUUUAAACAGGUUUCAUCAUUUUCAAGGUGGUGAAUGUUCAUGUAAAGAUUUCU